CUUUCACUGACUCUUCCGAGCUUCAAAGAUUUCUCAUAGCCCUUCGUAGGUCCUCAAGUUCUCCUCUCUUCUACUACCACCAUGUCAACACAAAUCCUUCCCGACCCAGAAACGAUACGAUCGUCCAGAUCAGAGCUCAUACGGACCCUGCCUGCUCAAGGUCUAGGCACUGCUCAAGCCAUCAAGCAUCUCCAACAAGUGAUUGAACCUGCGUUGAACCAGAGCUCUCAGUCACCGAACUACUAUGGCUUUGUUACCGGAGGCUCUACUCGAGCUGCGUCUCUCGCCGAUGAGCUAGUCACCCGAUACGACCAGUCAGUGGCCAUUCAUCUGCCCAACGAUACCAUAGCUACAGAUGUUGAGGAUGCUGCCCUUCGCCAAAUAUUAGACAUGGUCAAGCUGCCGCAAGAAGAAUGGCAACACCGCAUCUUCACCACCGGAGCUACUGCCAGCAACGUCCUUGGUCUUGCUUGUGGUCGCGAAUGGGUCAUCGCCGAAGCCGCCAAAAAGAAGGGCGUGACAGCCAACAUAUCCGAAGAUGGCAUCCACGAAACAUUCAACAAAGUAGACAUCGACGCGAUCCAAAUCCUCACAACCACACCUCACUCCUCUCUCGGAAAAGCAGCAUCCAUCAUCGGCCUAGGGAGAAACUCCAUCAAACCUCUCGGCCUCUACCACACACCCUGGAACUUCGACCUCCCAUGGCUCGAGAAAGAACUCUCCAAACCCCGGACAGCCUCGAUAAUCGUCAUCUCCGCCGGCGAGGUCAACACAGGCUUCUUCGCCACCACAGCCGGUGAUCUCCUCACAAUCCGCGAGCUCGCAAACAAGUACUCCGCUUGGAUCCACGUCGACGCGGCCUUUGGCCUCCAAGCCCGCCUCCUACCAACCGACAGGAACGACUACGCCGUCAUGGCUCAAGGUGUCGAACACCUCGAAUUGGCCGAUAGUAUAACAGGCGACGCCCACAAACUCCUCAACGUCCCCUACGACUGCGGCCUCUUCUUCUCCCGGCACCUCGCCCUCGGCCGAGCCGUCUUCCAAAAUUCUGGCGCAGCCUACUUUUCUUCUUCCGAUACCUCCAUCCCCUCACCCGCAAACCUCGGAAUCGAAAACUCUCGCCGUUUCCGUGCUCUGCCAGUCUACAGCACCCUCCUAGCCCACGGCAGCGCAGGCUACCUCUCCAUUCUCGAAUCACAAAUCGCUCUCGCGCGAGCAAUCGGGACAUUCAUUCAAAGUGAACCCGCAUUGGAGCUGUUGCCCAGAUUUCCGCCAAGUUUCAGACGAGUGAAAGAACAGUGGCUGAAUCGGAUAUACGUCGUGGUGUUGUUCCGCGCCUUGAAUGAUGAAGUGAACGAGACAUUGGUCGAAAAAAUCAACGCGACGCGAAAAAUUUAUGUGAGCGGUACAGUGUGGGAUGGCCGACCAGCUGCAAGGUUCGCGGUGGCGAAUUGGCAGGUCGAUGUAGAGAGGGACAUGAAAUUGAUCAAGGAAGUGCUGUGGUCGGUUCUAGAUUAAACAAUUGAGAAAUAGACAGUAGGGAACACCAGCUUAGGUGGAAUUUAUUGGACCUCAGAUCACGCACAUAGUGCAAUAUUGUAUGCCACGUUGACUUCGUGUGUAUGUUCUGAGAUUUUAUCUUUCUUCUUGUAUAGGUUGUGAGCCUCGCCUGCCUCCGUCCGCAUCAUCGUCUCCGGGUAUCAUUAUCAUGCCUCAGGUUGCCAUAGAAUGCAUGUCCGCCUAGAGCAAUAUGAGCCGCUGCUGCAGCUCUACCGCCGACCCUAUUGCCACGCCACGCCACGCCACGCCACGCCACGCCACGCCACGCCACAAGGCCGUUAUGUGCCGUACAUUCCCAAAUGUAUUCCAGGUUUUUCCAAAAGAGAGCAUC